AAAUGCACUGCACCUUGCAGUUGUCGUCGAGACUGCAGAAGAUUCGGAUCCCAUGGAGGAAGUGGAUGUCUUCCACGUACGACUUGAGGAGUUGAAGCAUUGUCUAGCGCUGUUAAAUAGAUAGAAGACGAUCAUUUACUUGCCUUUGCAGUUUGCAUCGCACUCGUUGUUUCUCAUGUACGGGGUAACAUUCGAUCUGACAUAUGAUUGAAACCUUAACAGUAACCCUCUUCCUUGAAACCUUUUAAACACAAAAAUGUCGAAGGCCGUUCUUUCGCGAAUCAAACCUCGUCACUGCCCGAAAGGUCCCACCUUUUUGCCUCCCCGCAUCAGAAACCUCGUUUUGGACGUCAUCCGAAUCCUUAAAACCCAGCAAUGGCAGGAUUCCCUCGAAUCUCGCUUCGCCGAAUCCGAGGUGCUUGUUUCCGAUGUCGCCCAUUUCGUCAUAGACCGAGUACACGACGCAGAACUGGGUUUGAAGUUUUUUGAUUGGGCUUCGACCAGACCCUUUUCUUGCUCUCUCGAUGGGGUUGCCUAUUCUUCUCUUCUGAAGCUCUUGGCGAGGUUCAGAGUGUUUUCCGAGAUCGAGUUGGUGUUGGGGAACAUGGAAGUUCAAGACUUGAAGCCUACCCAUGAAGCAUUCGGCACUUUGAUUUGCGCCUAUGGAGAAUCUGGGUUGGUUGAUAGGGCCCUCCAGUUAUUCCAUGCAGUGCGUGAAUUGCAUAAUUGUUUUCCCAGUGUCGUAGCUUGCAAUUCAUUGCUGAAUAAUUUGGUGAGAAGCGGGAAAGUUGAUAUUGCGCUUCAGCUGUAUGACAAAAUGCUUGAAGCAGAUGAUGGUACUGGUAAGGUUGUGGAUAAUUGUAGCACCUCCAUAGUGGUGAAGGGCCUAUGCAACUUGGGGAAGGUUGAGGAAGGUAGGAGGUUGAUUAAAGAUAGAUGGGGAAAGGGUUGUGUGCCACAUGUGGUGUUUUACAAUAUGAUUAUUGAUGGGCAUUGCAAGAAGGGUGAUCUCGAAAGUGCAACUAGAUUUCUCAAGGAAUUGAAAUUGAAGGGGUUUUUGCCAACGGUAGAAACUUACGGGGCUUUAAUUAAUGGAUUUUGCAAGGCUGGUAAGUUCGCAGAAGUUGAUCAUCUUCUGACGGAAAUGACUGCAAGCGGAUUCAAUGUGAAUAUACAAGUGUUCAAUAAUAUUAUAGAUGCUGAAUUCAAGCAUGGUUUGAUAGAAAAAGCAUCUGAGACAAUGAGAAGGAUGGAUGAGAUGGGUUGUGAGCCAGAUAUUACAACUUACAAUACUCUGAUUAACUUUUCGUGUAGGAGUGGAAGGAUUAAAGAAGCUGAUGAACUUAUAGAGAAGGCAAAAGAAAGGGGAUUGCUUCCUAGUAAGUUUAGUUAUACCCCCAUCAUGCAUGCUUAUUGCAAACAAGGGGAUUAUGUUAAGGCAUCGAAAAUGCUUUUUAAGAUUGCUGAAAUGGGAGAAAAACCGGACUUGGUUUCUUAUGGAGCUUUUAUCCAUGGAGUUGUUGUUGCCGGCGAAAUUGAUGUUGCACUGAUGGUCCGAGAGAAAAUGAUGAAGAAGGGUGUAUUUCCUGAUGCUCAAAUUUACAAUGUUUUGAUGAGUGGUCUCUGCAAGAAAGGGAGAUUUCCUGCUGCCAAACUUCUACUUUCAGAAAUGCUUGAUCUAAAUGUUCAACCUGAUGCAUAUGUUUAUACCACCUUGGUAGACGGGUUAAUUAGAAAUGAUGAACUUGAUGAGGCAAUUAAGCUUUUUGAAGCCAUAUUUGAAAAGGGUAUAGACCCUGGCAUUGUGGUGUAUAAUGCUAUGAUCAAAGGUUUCUGUAAAUUUGGAAAGAUGACAGAUGCUCUUUCAUGCUUAAAUAAGAUGAAAAAUGAGCAUCUCGCUCCAGAUGAAUACACUUAUUCCACAGUUAUAGACGGAUAUGUAAAACUUCAUGACUUAAGUAGUGCACUCAAGAUGUUUGGACAGAUGAUAAAACAAAAAUUCAAGCCAAAUGUGGUCACCUACACCUCUUUGAUCAAUGGAUUCUGCAAGAAAGCAGAUAUGAACAGAGCUGAAAAAGUUUUCAGAGGGAUGGAAUCUCUCAACUUGGAGCCUAAUGUUGUCACAUACACCAUAUUAGUUGGGGGUUUCUUUAAGGAUGGUAAACCUGAAAAAGCAACAUCCAUUUUCGAGCUAAUGCUGAUGAACAAUUGUCUUCCAAAUGAUGUCACAUUCCAUUACCUGAUAAAUGGUUUAACAAAUAUUACAACUAGUCCAGCUCUAAUUAAGCAGAAUGAGUCUAUGGAAUAUGGGAGGUCCUUGAUCUUGGAUUUCUUUGCAAUGAUGGUAUCAGAUGGAUGGAACCCAUUGGUUGCUGCCUAUAAUUCUGUUCUUGUUUGUCUCUGUAAGCAUGGAAUGGUUGACACUGCCCAAUUAUUGCAAACUAAGAUGAUGCGUAAGGGGUUUCUUAUAGAUUAUGUAUGUUUCACUGCUCUGCUACAUGGCUUAUGCCAAAAAGGAAGAUCAAAAGAAUGGAGAAAUGUUAUAUCAUGUGAUAUAAAUAAUAUUGAACUCCAAUCUGCUAUUGAAUAUUCCCUGAUUUUAGACAAAUACCUAUAUCAGGGAGGGCUAUCAGAGGCUUCGGGUAUUUUACAGGCCUUGAUUGAAGACUCCAAGCUUUCUAAUCAACCAGACAAACAUAUAAAGGUUAUAGAAAGAUAGGGAAGAAGGAAAUUCCCAUAAAAUAGGAAAUUCUCCAAGCUUCAGGUAUGAAUGUGUAUUUGUUGAAUAAACUUAAAUGUCGGUUUUAAUGGUUUUAAUUCAACAGUUUUUGUUAGAAUAAAAGGUCAGGAGUCAGCAGUUAUAUUUUUGAUAAAUUGUUAUAAUGGGUUUUGAUUGUAGUUUAUGGCUAUUAAUAGAAUUUAAGUCUUUUAUUUUAUAAAUAGAUUAUUGUAUUAUUUGACAAAAUGUGUAAGAAAUAUGCAAACAAUUUUUCUCCUCUGUGCUCGUCAUAGAAUUUUAUAAAGGAAACCAUUUUUUCUAAAUUCUAUUAUUCUUCUUGAGGACUGUACACAUCAAAGGUAUAAUGCAAGUGGUCAAGUGGUCUUCGAACAAGCAUUUUAUGAAGAGGCUACCAAUGAAAAAUUAUUAGUUCCAACCUUUUGCAAUAUAACUGCCAUGCGCUAAAGAUGAGCUGUUUAGUCAAUAUUAUGGGAGCCAUCUGCCUGUAACAAUAAAGAGGUGCUGGAUCGAUAUGAAUUGCACAGUAUGCAUGACGGUUUACUUCCUCCCAGUGGAAGCAUCAAGACUCAAGAGCUUCCGCGUAUUGCUUUUGUACAAUUAUUUUAAAAGUAACAUUAAAUGGUAUAAAAACCCCACUUCAUUAGUCUGUUGAAGCCAUUAGCUUUGGAAGCUGUCCAGUUCCUACAGACAGAGAAGAAAAUUUUCCCCGACAUGAAUAUCAUGAUCCCUUGUUAUAUUGCGGAAAGCCCUUCAAUUUGCAGCUCUUUGAACAGCCUCUUUGCCCCUUCACUCACUUUCCCAUGACAGGAGCAUUAUUGCAGUGACUGGGCAACACUGACUGAUUUCAGAGUCAUUGCAUGGCAUUAGGAUAUACUUUGAAGUUUAGUAAAAGGGACUUCUGAUUCUGCUCUGCUUUAUCAGUUAAUUAGGUAAUGCAUGGAUUUUCAUUCUGAUAUGAGAAGCUGAAAAGUGAGCUCUUCAUCAUGCCAGAAGAGUUUCUCAGUUUUCAUAAACGGUUGUGAUCUAUGAUGUAAGUUAUUCAGUUGAUUUUUGAAAAAAUGUUAUACUUCCAUC